AUGGACCUGGAAUCCAACUCCCAACCCCUUAAACCGCACUUGGUCGAUCAAAGUGUGCAAGAUGCUCACGAUCUCGCGGCGAUGGGCCAUGACCAGGCCCUGACACGCAAGUUCGAUUUGUGGAGCAUGUUAGCCUUGGCAUUUUGCGUCCUCGGAACGUAUUCAACUUUUGCUCAGGAUCUCAGCAGCGGGUUGACCAACGGUGGCGCUGUGACGAUUCUCUGGGGUCUGGUGUUGGUCACCGCAUGUAACCUCUGUGUCGCCGUAUCUCUUGGCGAGCUCGCCAGUAGCAUGCCGACCGCGCUGGGUCAGGCUUACUGGGUCUUCCGACUAUGGGAAACCCCCUUGGGUCGCUUUGCUUCGUACAUGUGCGCGUGGAUCAACACCUUCGGCUGGUGGACGUUGACCGCAUCACAAGUCGCCUUCAUGACCGAGUUUCUUCUUGGCAUGAAGGUCAUGUUCGAGCCGACGUGGGAGGGAGCCGGGACCGGGUGGCUGGAAUUUGUCGUCUACAUCGGCUGUGUGCUGCUCUUGACCGUGAUCAAUGUGGUGGGGUGCCGCAGGGAGAAAAUCCUCCCCUGGAUCAAUAAUUUCGUCGGCGUGUGGUUCACCGCAUUGUUCGUCAUCCUGUCCCUGGCGUUGCUGAUCUCGGUCGGAGUGAAGAAAGACCUCUCUUUCCAACCAGCGUCCUUCGUGUUCGGCAAAUGGAUGAACCAGACUGGUUGGAGCGACGGUGUCGUGUGGUUUACUGGACUUGUCCAGGCCGCCUACGGUCUGACAGCUUUCGACGCGGUCAUUCACAUGGUGGAGGAAAUCCCGGCCCCCCGAAAGAAUGCCCCUAAAGUGAUCUGGCUGGCUGUGCUACUUGGCGCUGUCACCGGUUUUAUCUUCAUGGUCGUCUGUCUCUUCUGUAUCCAGGAUGUGGAUAAGGUGGUCGACUCACCCAGCGGACUCCCUUUCAUUGAAUUGAUGCUCGAGACGAUCGGAUUAAAAGGCGGCGCGACAUUGAUCGCAUUAUUUAUCUUCAACGGCCUGGGACAAGGCAUCAGUAUCCUAACCACCGCGUCUCGGCUAACGUGGGGAUUCGCACGCGACGGCGGUUUACCCUGGAGCGGAUACCUCAGCCACGUCGACCCCGUGUGGAAAGUGCCCGCGCGCUCCCUCUGGUUCCAGGGCGUUCUGAUCGCUUUAGUUGGGAUUCUCUAUCUGUUUGCCAAUACCGUGCUGGAGGCCAUCCUCAGUGUGAGCACAAUCGCCCUCACCAUCUCCUAUGGUUUGCCCAUCGGCGCCCUGCUCGUCGUCGGACGGGAUAAACUGCCACCGGGCCAAUUCAAUCUCGGGCGAUGGGGCAAGCCUCUGAACUGGAUCAGCGUCAUCUACUGUGCCAUUACCACGGUAUUCUUCUUCUUCCCUGGGUCCCCGAAUCCACCGGCGGGUGAUAUGAACUACGCCAUUGCCGUCUUUGGAGUGAUGCUGGUGGUGGCUAUCGGCUUUUGGUUCGUUCAGGGAAGUCGCACGUAUCUCAAAACAGAGGACGCCAUUGCGCAGAUGAUCGUGGCGCAACGUUUGGAGAAUGAGGGGACGGUUGAGCCGGAUUCAAAGAAGAAAUAG